AUGGCGCUGGAGGCCCGUCAGGCCGCCACGCGUGUGGUUGUCGAUGAGCUGGGAGAGCGGUACCAGGGCACGGUGCUGCCACUGAACGCGAAGUUAGAGGCGGUUCAACGGACGGUGCAAAGCGUCUGCGUGCCGAAGAUUGAGGCGCUGCUCCAGUCUGAGAACGAGCUGCGCGCGCUCAGCGAACAAUUGCAGGCGAACGCCUCAUCGAGAGUAAAAGCGGACGCCCGGCAGUUGUCGGAUAUGCGGCACGAGGUGACGACGGCAGUGGAGGCCGCGGAGGGUCGUGUCAUGCAGGAGCUGCGCGACUUGCGGCAGGAGUGCAUGACGAUAACAGGCGGGCUGCGGUCUUCCCUUGACGGCCUCGGCGCCGCCGCGAAGACGCACGAAAAGCAGUUCGCACACCACGAUGCAGUGGACGCGACGGUGGCGGCAGUUGACGACCUGACAGAAAGGCUGGGCGCGGUGGAGAGGAAAGUAGACGCCGCAUCACGCCGAGCGGCGCAGCAGGAGCAACAGGCGGGGAAAGAGAAGGAAAAGACAGCGCCCCAGUCAUCAUCGUCACCACCAGUGUCCUCACCAUUGCUGCAGCACCAGCAAUAUAUAGAGGUGCUCGCUCUGCUCGAGCGAGAGAAGCACGAGUUGGAGGAGUUGCGGCGCCGCGUGGAUACCGCAGAGCGUGGCACCGCGAACCAGCGGGCAGAGCUGCAGCAACAGUUCGAUGCCCGCCUGCAGGAGGAAAUGAGCCGGGUCAACCACCACCUCCUUCGCACGCGUGAAGAAGGCUCGUCGCAGAUGCAGACGCUCCGUGAGAUGCUCAUGGAGGAGGUAGAUGGGCGCUGCAGCGGUGCAGAAGUGACCAUGCGGGGUACGGUGCAGCGGCUGCAGCAGCAGAUAGACCGCCUGCGCAACACAACGGGGCUGAAGCAACUUGUGACUGGAAUCUGUGACGACGCGGAGCUGCUGCAGGAGGUGGUUGAAGCCCUGCGUAGCGUUUUCGCUCCUUGCGGCGAGACCGCAGAGUCCCUUUCACAUGUCAAGAAGCGCAUUCAGCAGGCGGAGCUCCGCCUCGGCGAGCUCGACGCCCAGCACGCCACGCACGCGUCCGAGUUCGCGCAACGGGCCGAUGACUACGAAUCUUCACAGCGCCGCCAUGCGGAGCGCCUGACGGUGCUGGAGCAGCAGCUGCGUCACGAGGCCGCGCAGUGCAGUGAUCGUUGCGGCGACGUGGCGGGGCGUCUUGCGUCGCUAGAGGCACAUCAGCAGGCCGCGGAGGAUCUCAGUAAGCGCUGGCGCGACGAGAGCCACAGGGACUGCAAGCGGGACGUGCAGCUGCUCGCCGCCCACGUUGAUGAGCGAGUCGGCGCGGUGCAGAGCGUCGCGGCAGGGGCGGAGCUUCAGGCUCGGUCACUGCAAUUCAGCCUGAAGGAGUUGCAGGAGGAGCAAACAGCACUGAGGCAGAAGCUUGAGAACGCAGCGGCCACCUCCCAGGCAACAGGGGCGAUGAGCAGCAGCGUGGACAAUGACGAGAAUGUCAGGCGUGACGAUGAGUGGAAGGCGCAGGUGGAGGAGCGGAUCGCGGUGGCGGAGGAGGUGGCGCAGGCGACGGCACAAUCCACCGCGGAUGCUCUCAGCGGUCUCCAUGACGGCAUAGCGCAGUGCGUGACGCUCUUUGUGCAGGAAGUGGCUGUCGCACCGCUCAGCGCGUGCGAGGUGAAGCGGCAGGCCGUUGACGCGGUGACGGGGCUCGACGGCGUGCUGCUGUUCCUGUGGGAGCAGCUGCGCGGGUUGUGCGCGACGCUGGAAACGUUACAGGACGGCGCGCUGGGGACGCUGGAUUUGGUGCAGCACCACGAGGAGCGGCUCNCUGGAAACGUUACAGGACGGCGCGCUGGGGACGCUGGAUUUGGUGCAGCACCACGAGGAGCGGCUCGCCGCGCUGCCGGCGCUGCGUUCGCUCGCGGUGCGGAGUGCGCGCCAUGUUAG